AUGGAUAUCUCCUGCAAUGUGACCUCACUAGAGACUCAGACACGGAUAAACUCCACCAUCUACCACCUGGUUAAGAUGGUCAGCAUGUGUGUGAGCUGCACCUUGAACACCGUACUCAGUGUUCCUCUCCUCCUGGUCAUGACUCGCUCCCCGUCCCUCCUCAGACACACUCGCUUCCUGCUCCUCACACACCUCCUCUUGUGUGAAAACCUCCAGCAGCUCCUCUGGACAAUCAAAGCAGUUCUCUUAGGAUCCAGGGAAGGUAUACCUGUGACCCAGUGUCUGAUCUUCUGUGCUGCUAUCGAGGCCUGCUCUUUGGUGGACCUCUUCCUGAGCACAGCUCUGGCUGUCGACCGCUUUGUAGCUAUCAAGUGGCCCCUGCACUAUGAAUUCUUGAUGUGUCCUCAAAGGAAGAGAGCAACCGUUGCAGCCAUAUGGACACUAUCAGCUGUGCUCAGCAGCGUGGCUCUGGGUAUCGGCCUCAACUCCGUCCAGGUCAAUUUUACCGUUCCCCGCUGUCGUCCUCUCUUCCUCUCACCCUGCCUGUCAGGGACAUCAGCUCUGGUACUUUACUGCACAGUGGGAAGCGCUGUGGUGUUGCCUCUCUGCUUUCUGACCAUCGUGGGAUGCUUCGGUCUGCUUUGCUGGGACAUGCGUGCAGGACCACUCUGCACCAAGAGAGCCUGUGUGACCCUGACCCUCCAGGUAGCUCAGACCGUCCUCUUUUCCAUUCCGGUGGUCAUGGACAGCUACCUGAUCCCUGGCUACCUGCACAGUGACACUCUAGAUAUAGCAACCACCAUCAUCUACAACCUGGGGGUGUCACUCAUCCCCCUUGUUUAUGGCUACCGCUCACGGGAGCUCCAGCAAAGGAUACGACAGGCUGCACACCUGAACAAUGUCAACCACCAAAAUGAGUCAUAA